AAGAAUACAUGGGAUUUGGGUUUUGGGUUUUGUUUAAACGAGGAGUUUCUAUGAGUACUUCUAAAAUGAUCAACUGAAUUUAAAUUUUUAAGAAUUUGUGAAGUUUUUUUGUUAGCUAAUAUGUAUAGAGUGUUCAGCACAUUAAAAAAUCUCUCUUUUAUACACCAUGUAUAUAUUAAGAGCCAGAGAAUACAUGCAACGAGUGCACUUGCUAUAACAAGAAAUUAAAUAACAAAAUAUUUUCUUUGAUUUUACUGCUCCACCGUUUCUAAAUAAAUUCUGAAAGUUAUUAUAUAAUGAUAGAAACAAUAUCCGACUACUUAUUUUUUUUCCUCUCUUUGUUAUUUUCUCCUUAUUUUUUUUUUACCUCUGUAUGUUAUUUUGUGUUAGACAGAGACAAAUUAAGCAUCCUCAGUAGUCUCUCUACAUAUAAAACCUCCUUUUACUGCAUGUUUUAUUUCCCAGCAGGUUAAGAACUUGCUGUCCCUCUCUCCCUCUCUCCCUCUCUGUCUCUCUCUCUUUGGUCUCACAAUGGAAAAUCUCUCUGUAAUUCUUGCUGUCUCUCUUCUCCUUUUUAUUCCACUUUUUCAUGGAGGAACUGCAACAACAGCAGCUGCUGCAGGAACCAUAGAUGGAUCAGAGGAGUGGGGAUAUGUUGAAGUCAGACCCAAAGCCCAUAUGUUCUGGUGGCUCUACAGAAGUCCCAACAGAGUUGAGGAUCCCUCCAAGCCAUGGCCAACCAUUCUCUGGCUUCAGGGUGGACCUGGAGGUUCAGGAGUAGGGAUUGGGAAUUUUGAAGAGGUUGGUCCAUUGGACACGAAUUUGAACCCAAGAAACUCAACCUGGUUGCAAAAAGCAGAUCUUUUAUUUGUUGACAACCCAGUUGGGACUGGAUACAGUUUUGUGGAGGAUACGUCUCUGUUUGUGAAAAAUGAUUUGGAGGCAGCUGCUGAUUUGACCACAUUGCUGGUGGAGGUUUUCAAUAGAAAUGAGAGCCUCCAAAAGAGUCCUCUGUUCAUUGUGGCAGAGUCCUAUGGAGGCAAAUUUGCAGUCACUCUUGGACUUUCAGCUCUCAAAGCCAUUCAACAAGGAAAGCUAAAACUUAGACUUGGAGGAGUGGCAUUGGGAGACAGUUGGAUCUCCCCGGAAGAUUUUGUGCUUUCAUGGGGUCCUCUGCUCAAAGACGUGUCAAGGCUUGACGACAUUGGAUUGCAGAAAUCAAAUAAUAUGGCUCAGAGAAUAAAGCAACAGAUUCAGGAUGGUCAGUUGGUGGACGCAACCAAUUCUUGGGGUGAACUUGAGCAAGUCAUCAUGUCUAACAGCAAUGCUGUGGAUUUCUAUAAUUUUCUGUUGGAUUCAGGAAUGGAUCCAGUUUCAUCCUUGGCAACAAUUCAAUAUAACAAAGGAAUUUACGUUAAAAAAUAUUCAAGAUACCUGAGUUCUUUAAGGUCUUCAGCAGGUGGUGGUAAUGGUGAUCUUGAUUCUUUGUUAAACGGUGCCAUAAAAAAGAAGCUUAAGAUAAUCCCCGAUGAUGUGACAUGGGGAGGGCAGUCUGAUUACGUGUUCUCAGCCCUAACAGGCGAUUUUAUGAAACCAAGGAUUAAUGAGGUUGAUGAACUCCUUGCUAAAGGGAUCAAUGUCACAAUAUACAAUGGGCAAGUUGAUCUCAUAUGUGCAACCAAGGGGACUGAAGCAUGGGUCGAAAAGCUCAAGUGGGAAGGACUCCCAAAUUUCUUGAACAAGAGUAGAGCCCCUCUUUAUUGUGGCAAAGAAGGAUUUACAAGAGGAUUCACCAGGUCGUACAAAAACCUGCACUUCUAUUGGAUUCUUGGAGCAGGACAUUUUUCCAUGAAAUCAAGAGAUGUCUGACCGGCCGGUGUAUAUAUGCCGCACCACUCGUGUGGACAAAGCUGACAAGGUACCGGUGGAUCAGCCAUGCAUUGCAUUAAACAUGGUGGCUGACAUCACUCAAUCGCCUGCUGCUGCUGCUUCUACGUAGAAAAGAAAGAGUGUUGGCACACUGCAAACAGAGGCAAGAGUUAAGAAGCAAACGAUAACCAUGCGGGACACAAAAAUGCAAUGAGGGGAAAAAGCUGCAGAGUGUGCAGGGUAGAUAUUUUUACGUUCGUAGGAGGCUGCAGCAAUUGUUUCAUUCUUCAAUUGGUAUAUGGUCCAACAUUUCUCUGAUUAGUUUGGUGUUUUUUUUUAAUUAAGAUUAGUUGUUUGAUUACAAUCAGAGGUGUUCUUUUUUUUUUUUUUUUUUGAUAGGACGGUUUUCUGUUUAUCUAAUUUAUAAGGGGAGUGUUUUGAAUUUGAAUGAGAAGACAUAGACGUUACAUUGAUUAA